AUAUAAGUCCGGAACAUUAGAGAAGAAAACCUUUACCGGAAUAAUUGUGAAUGGAAUCACCACAACGAUAAACCAGGCACUUCAGCUCCAUCACUGCAAUGGAGGAAUAUUAUUUCAUUUUGGAAUAUCCGAUGAGAGUGAUUUCUCUGGUUUUCUUCUACCUGACCUUGAUCCUCGGUGUUCCUGGAAAUGCCUUUGUUGUGUAUGUUGCUGGAUUGAAGAUGAAGAGGACUGUUAAUACAGUAGGGUUUCUGAAUCUAGCGAUUGCUGACUUCUUGUGCUGCCUUCUCACUCUUUACUAUCUGAUCGAGAGCAAAUUUGAUGAUUAUUGGCCAUACGGAUCCACAACGUGCAAGAUUUUCCACUUCGUUCUGCACAUCACCAUGUUUGCCAGUGUUUUCACCUUGAACUUGAUUAGUCUGGAUCGGUUUACUCUGGUGAUCACACCGGUUUGGGCUAAGAAUCAUCGCAGCUUGUUCAUGGCACGACUGUCCUGUGCAGGGGCCUGGAUUCUGGCUUUAAUUAUCAGUCUGCCUUUUACGAUGUCAAGAGAGAUUUACACAGAAAAUAAUGAAACAUACUGUGUGCAUCAUCAAGCUGAUGAUGAGAAUUCUGAAAUCUAUAGAAGGUUAAGCAUCAUCAGAUUUGUGUUUGGCUUUUUGGUUCCUCUCAUGUGCAUCACAACAUGCUACGGAUUCAUCGCACGCAAGUUAGGCAGGAGACAUUUUCACUCUGGACGAGCGUUUCGCAUCAUGCUGGCUGUAAUUGUGGCCUUUUUUCUGUGCUGGCUGCCGUAUCACAUAGUGGAUUUGAUAAUAAUGUACGGAGAUCAAGCAAGUUACUUUGUGGCUUUGGCAGUGGAUCCACUGGCUGUCUCUUUGGCGUAUUUCAACAGCUGUCUGAACCCCAUUCUGUAUGUUUUCAUGGGGCGGAGCAAUGUUAAACUUUCUCUAAGACGUAUUUUUGAAAGAGCUUUCUCUGAGGAGGGAACACAAAUGACACAAACCACCCAGUCCCAGUCACAGCAAAGCCACUCACUGUAGUGAAGAUAUGAACUCAUUCUGUUUUCUGAUCGAAUUGUAAAAGUUUCUACAAGUUUAACAACAGCAUUUUUGAAUAAUAUGUGUUAUUAUUAUUAUUAUUAUUAUUGGUUGUAAUCAUCUUAGAAAAAGCUUGUAAUAUCUUACUAAUAGUGGCAUGUGGUUUCUAUGCAGAAGUUAUGAAGAAAAAAAAAAAUACAUUAAUUAAAGGUUGCAUUUGUGAGUAUAACAAAAAAUGUUUAUUUUAUUACAGUGAAUGUCAUUUAUAACAG